UGUAAACAAAUAAGAUGGCGGAGCUGGAAGUCUGGGGCUGUGGAGAGGGUGAGAGAAGUUUAAUCGGGCUGCCCGAGGAGUUACUGGAGCAGAUAUUCUGCUGCCCCUUGUUGAACCAUGCGGACGUGGUGAGCGUCUGUCUGACCUGUAAGAAGCUGCAUGAAGUUUGCCUGGGCCGGAGCGCCGUGUGGAAACACCAGUUCAGGCAGAGAUGGCCCACACUGAUAAAAUACUACAGUACUACAGGAAGUCAUAACUGGUGGGAAGAAUACCGAACCCGACAUUCUAUUGGUGGGCAAGUGCAAAAAAUUGUGGACACCUUUUCAAAGCGAUUCUUUACAAAAGAGGUUCCUGUUGAUGGUUUUAAAGACAUUGAGGCUCUAGGUGGUCCAUUCCGUUUUAUAGAGGAUGAAUUGUUGUCAAUUCUAAACAUGGAUGGAAGGAAGUACCUGACCUGGAAAUAUUAUUCCCGGAAAAUUCUGUGCUUUCUCCGUCAGCAGGACAUCAUGGAAAAGUUGAAGGAGUUUCUCAAAACUCCAUCAGAACACCAAAAAUUAAUUGAAGGUGUUGUGCUGAUAGACCAAUACUGCAACCCUUUAGCAGACACCUCCCUGGAGAAUGUCUUAUUAGAGCUAAAUUAUAUUACAGAAGAGGUGAAAAAAGUGUUGCAUUUAAAACAUUCUUCUCAUCCAAGUAUCACUGCAGAAAGAGACAGUGAAGUGUUUAUUGAUGAUUUGGGACAGCAGCAACAGGCUCUGGAAGCUAUGAAUUGUGUAUUAUACAAGCAGCUCAAAUUUAAAGGAAAUGAAGAUGAUUAUUACAACCCCAUGAAUUCCUAUAUACACCAGGUGCUUACACAAAAGAAAGGAAUUCCUAUCACUCUUUGCGUGAUAUAUUCAACAGUAGGCAAGAAUCUGGGUGUACGACUGGAGCCGGUCAGCUUUCCCAGUCAUUUUCUCUUAAGCUGGUGCCAAAAACCUGAAGGGAGUACUGAUGUUUUGGACUAUGUCUAUAUUGAUGCCUUUGAUAAUGGGAAAUCAUGUACUGCAAAAGAAUGUGAGAAUCUGAUUGGCCAGAAAGUUGCAGCUAAGUUUUACAGUUCUGUUACCACUAAGGAUGUGUUGUUCCGCAUGGUAACAAACCUGUUCCACCUGGGAAAGAGAGAGGGCAGUGACCAGUCUUACCAAUUGCUACGAAAUGCUCUUGAUUUGUAUCUCACCUUGGCUCCUGAUGAUGUUCAAUACCUGAUGCUUCAAGCCAGACUUUACUUUCACUUGGGAAUCAAUCCAGAAAAGGUAUUGGAUAUUCUUCAACACAUACAAGCUGUGGAUCCCUUGCAGCAUGGUGUGGUGGGGCACUUAGUCCAGCUAACUUUGGAGCAGAUUGCACGCAAGAACCAAACAUCUGAAGUUCAAGUAAAACGACAUACAGAUGAGAAGCACAAAAAAAUAGAGUUUUCAGUGGGGCUUAUUAUGAAACACAAAAGGUAUGGUUAUGACUGUGUGAUAUAUGGAUGGGAUCCCAAGUGUAUGAUGGGGUUGGAUUGGAUAAGAACUAUGGGAGUUCAUAAUCUACCACAUGGGCCUGACCAGCCAUUCUACAAUGUUCUUGUCCAAGAUGGUUCAUGCAGAUAUGCUGCGCAAGAAAAUCUGAUUUGUAAUGCAUCACCACUGGAAAUAAGCCAUGAAGAGGUUGGUCGCUACUUUUCAGAAUUUUCUGGCACACACUACAUUGCAAAUGAGGAACUGCAGGUUCAGUAUCCAGAUGACAUGGUGCUGACAUCACAACUUGUGGAGAAGGUGUAUGGCCAUUCCUGAGUCAUUCUUCAGGAAAGAGUGAAGCGCCUCAAUAAGCAUGUACAUAUUAACUGAACAGAAUAGACCAAGUGAGUCUCAUAAAUACAGGUUUGGAAAUAUGCUGUAAGUAUCUCAGGGCAUCUUUUGUAUUGUAUAUAAUUUACUUAAAAUUAAGUCAUUUUUAGCAUCUUACUAGGAGAACCUAUCAGGAAAAAAAAUUAAAAAGAUACAGAAAAUAUAUCUCCUUUGGUGAUGCCCAGUGCAGAGGCAUUUGAUUUCCUGGUGGUAAUAAGUUGCAAUGUCCCAUUGUUUGGACAUAAUACAAACUGCACCAUUAAUAAACGUUUCUGUGUGAAAUAUUGUAAGACAAUAAAAUGAACGCCCUGAAGAUGUUAUUUUGUCAGUCUAUUUUCAUAUACCUCUCGCACAAAUUGUGUGAAAAACAUGAUAAGGAAUAGCUUAUUUUACAGAAUGAGACAGUGCAAAUUUUCAACUGUAAAAACAUUUUGCUAGAAACCUACCAUAUCAGCUUCCCCAACCAGAUAAACCACCUCGAAUCAUAUCUGAUGAGUCUGCCUCUGGAUAGAGUGUGCUGAUUAGAAACUGCUACUCUUGGAUAUCAAUCUAUCAACCAAAUGCAGAUAUGAACUUGAGUGGUGGUGGUGGUGCUACAGUUCACUCAGGCAGUCCGAGUUGCUGUGGCAACAUAUGCACUUUUACAUGUAUGUUGUGUGAAUUUGAGUACCAGUGGAAUUUUGAGAUGCAGUAAAGUCCCACCGCUCACAAGGGUUACGUUCCCGCAAAACCUCACAAAUGGUGAAAUCACGAACGCCGAACAUACUUUACGAUGGGAGUCAAUUAGAUAGGUUCCAGCCAUCCUAAAAUUUUACCUGUAUAAAGGAUGAAAGGCAAUAAAAACUCUUUUAAAUAAAUUUAAAGAGAAAUUUACUGGAGAAAUUGUUUAAUAUAAAGAGAAAAAUGUUACAUUUGUCACAAACACUACUUGAAAGUGCAGGUGGACUGUAAUUGGAGUCAUGAGUAGUUCUUGUUGUCGGGAUGACGAGUUCUAGUGGUGGGGGCUGGUGCAGAGGCUGGCUGCAGGAAAAAUUCGUCAUGGACACCUUUUUUAAAAAAAACUUUAUUUAGGAGGUUGAACUGGUGUACAAAGGCUUUUGCGCGGAUAAGAGAAUUCGUGAAAGAGGAAGUUGCGAACGGUGGGACUUUACUGUGCUAAAUUUCUGGAAUUGAAGGCCUAAUGAUGACCAUGAAACCAUUGUCAUAAAAACCCAUCUGAUUCACUAAUGUCCUUUAGGGAAGGAAGUCUUGUCAUCCUCACCUGGUCUGGCCUAUAUGCGACCACAGCAACUCUUUAAAAAUGCCCUCUAAACAAGUACAAUUAGGGAUGGGCAAUAAAUGCUGGCCUUGCCAGUGAUGCCCACAUCCCAUGAACGAAUAAAAAUAAAUAAAUUUUUGCUUAGUAGUGAAUAACUAUCAUUGCAGAGCUUAAAUGAGCUUGUGAUUUGAUGGUGUUAUUUUGGAUAUUACAGUGACAGAAAAUAUGCCAAAGAAAAAAUAUAUUUAAAAAAAAAACCCUUGUUGAGGUUCACAGACUAGUUAACACCAAUUAGUACUCGGCUCAUACUUCUCGACAAUGAUUUAACAUUAGCAUCCUUUACUCCCCUUUUGGAAUCACUCUGGAUAAUGCUUUAUCUGAAACCAUAAGGCAAACUGGCAUAUGUUCAUGACUAACUGCUUUGAAGGCUAUGCUGUGCACAGACUGAAGUGCAACUUUUCAACAUGUAUGUCCAGUGCAAUUGCACAAAGCUCAAAUGUCAAGUUAGAUGCACCAGUGUUAAUUACAGGCCACUAAAGAUUCAGCUAAGAAUUUAAGAAAUAGGAGCAGGAGUAGACCAUGUGGUCCCUUGGAUUGGGCAGUGUGUGUAUCCUGUAGAUCUGCUAUUUAUUACAUUUCCUGAAUGGCUUCAAUUAGUGGGAAACAACCAAACGGCACUGCAUUUAAUAUUUAAAAUCAUCACAAAUUGGUUGCAACAGACACUAGUAGCAAUUGUAUUUGCAAUGUUUAAUGUAAUUAUUUUACAAAGUUUGGAUUAUUCUGGUAUUUAGUAUAUUCAAGUACACCGAAGAGGAACCAUUUCAUAUAUUGUCUACUCGUGCCAAAUUAUGCAACCCAGUUGAAUGGUACAUAUUGUGCCAGGAUGUUUGCCCAUUACUAUGUAAGGUCAGUGGGCAGAAAAUGUAGCUCAAUACUGUAUUAAUUAUUCAAGAGAAUCUUUAAUCAUGUGCAUCUGUAUAAAGAAGCCUUUAUGUGUUGUGAAAGAACAUUUCUGUACACCAAUACCUGGAACUUUAACAUUUUUAAUAUUUUGUUCUAUUAAUUUUAGAUGCAAAUACAAACCACCAAAAUAAUAAAGUGAAAACAAUCCAAUAA